GCGGGAACUUAGAAGCGGGAAUUAUUCCUUUGUAAUAUUUUUAUAUUUUUCUACAAAGUAGUAUCCUGUGUCAUUGUUUUCUGUGGUUUGAUAAUGUCCAAAUUAAAUCCCUCGCAGAGAAAGCGUAAAUCUCUGAGUCAAUUGACUCUGGAGGCCAGCACAAGCAAAAAAACACGAAACAACAAUGAAGGAGAAUCUUCAACUCCUUUAACAUCUUCAAGAAGGGCUGGAACAAUAAACUACAUGAAAUUCAAAAACUUCAUGUGCCACUCUCAUUUAGAAGUAGAUCUAACUCAGAACAACAUUAGCAUGGUUAUAGGCAAAAACGGCAGCGGAAAAAGUGCCAUUUUAACAGGCCUUAUUGUGGGUUUGGGUGGUAAAGCUAGUCUUACAAGCCGUGGCACCAAUGUUAAAAGUACCAACUCAAAACCUCAAAAGCAAUAUUAAAUUAAUUCAAUUUUUUUUAAAUAGAUUUGUAAAAAGUGGCAAACCAUCUGGCAGCGUCGAAAUUCAAUUGCACAACGAAGGUGCAAUGGCUUUCAGGCCAAACAUUUACGGCAAUUCAAUCACUAUUAUAAGAAAUCUCAGCUCUACAGGUAGUGGAAGUUACAGAAUCAAAUCUGCCAACGGUGAUGUAAUUUCAACUUCAUCCAAACUAGUAACAAAUAUUGUCGAUCAUUUGAAUAUACAAAUCGACAAUCCUGUUUGCCUUUUGACUCAAGAUACUUCCAGGAAUUUUUUAAGCAGCAACGAUCCAAAAAACAAAUUCAAACUGUUCACUAGAGCAACAAAAUUGGAAUUGCUUGAAGAAAACUACAAAAAAAUUAUCACUAAUAGGCGAGAGAGUGCUGCAAUAUUGGAAAAUAAAAAAGCUCAUUUUUCCAAAUUGGAAGAUGAAAUAAGCACCUUGAACAUCAAAGUCAAAAAUCACCAUUCAAUUAAAAAUUUGCAAGAUUUAAUGGAAUCGUUGCAAAGUGAAUUGGUAUGGGCUGAAGUAGGAGUGAGCGAAAGAGAAUUGGCUGAACAGGAAGAACAGCUGCAGAAAAAGAUGACAAUGCUGGAAACGAUGCGAGCCGAUAGUAAUAGGAAGAAACAAGAAAUUGAGCAGAUUAAUGAGAGGAUUCAGGAAUACGACAGGCAAAUUGCAGAGCUGAACAAAGAAAUCGAAGUUCAAAAAAGACAACAACACCAAGCGAAAUCCGAGUACGAAGAACAAAAUAGGGCCUUUGACCAAUCCGAAAGGAAAAAGCAAGGGGUCGCAUUGGAAAUUAAAAAUAAAAUAAGCGAAUUGGAAUAUUUACAAAAGGAAAUCGAUAAUAGUAAUGAAAAUAUGUCUAAAGUUGAACAAGCCAAAAAAGAACGAAUGGCAAUGUUGGCCAAAAAGCAAGAAAAACUAAAAGGUGCAGAUGAUCAUUUAGACACGAUGCGUAAUGAUCUUUUUCAAAUAAAAAACAAUAUUAAUCUGAAACAAAACGAUGAAGCAACUGUAGUGGCUGAAAUCAGACAAAUCGAUCAAGAAAUUGCAAAAGAACAACAAAACUUGAAACUUAUGCAGCAAGACUCGGGCAAUGCUUUGGUGCUUUACGGCAGAAACAUGCAAAGAGUUAAAGAAAUGAUCAAACGAGACAUUAAAAAAUUCAAAGAGGAACCAAGAGGACCACUAGGCUCUUACAUAAGAUUAAAAGACAAAAAAUGGGCUGUCGCCGCAGAAGGUUUCAUUGGCGGUGCCACAUUGGGUGCCUUUACAGUUGACAAUGAGCAAGACAAUAAAAUGUUGCAACAAAUUUUUAAUAAAUGUGGCGAACAAAAGCCAACUAUUAUUACAUCAAAGUUUAUUAAUAAAAAACACGAUGUCAGCAGAAACUUAGUACAAGCCCCAAAAGAUUGCAUCUCCUUGUUUGAUGCCUUAGUAAUCGAAGAUCCAGUUGUUUUUAAUUGUGUUAUUGAUCAAACUGGGGCUGAAAGGAUUUUGUUGAUUCCCAACAGUGACAGGGCAAUUGAAUUAAUGUCUGACAUGAGAAGAGUUCCAAGGAAUUGCAGACAAGGUGUAACAAUAACUGGCGACAAGUUUUACCCGGAUCCAAACUACAAAACUUACGCUUCCACUUAUCAUAGGGCUAGAUUUUUGCAAAUCGAUGUCAACGAACAUAUUCAAAAUGUUCGAGAAACUAUUGAAGCAGCAGUAAAUAGAAAAAAAACAAUUCAAAGUCAACUUCAAGCUUUAAGGGCCGAAUUACAAAAUCUGUUGAGUAACCAAGCUAAGCUUGAAGAAAACAUUAGGAAGUUGACGACUUGCAGGCAGAAAAUUGUUAAGGAGUAUCACGAAUUGAAUAAUCAAGCUGAUGCUGAAGUGCACAAUGUUACUACUUUGGAAAAUGAAAUGAGAGAAAUGAAAGAAGUCCUUAACCAAAAACAAGCUUUACUGGGCCAGAUAGAAGAAGAAACUCGCGAGCUAAAAACCAAAUUUUCCUCUCAAAAAAGUAAAAUGACCCAAAUACAAAAAUCCAUGAAAGCACUGGAAGACCGAUUGUCAACAUUGUACGAACAAGCCAACGAGAAAAAAUCACGCAGACGAGUAUUGGACGUUUCUGACAAUAAGAGAAUGGAAGAAUUGCAAAGGAGAGUCGAAACGGCAAGAGAAGCGAUUGAUGGAAAAAAAGCUUUUGUGGAAGAAAAAAUAGCUGAGGCCUCGAGCCUUGCAGAAAGACCAACAAAAAUCAGGACUUUAGCUGACGUCACUAGAGAAAAGCAAGCAGUAACAGAAAAAAUAUCUCGUCUACAAACAAAAGCUGAAGAUAUUACAAAUAUUUUAGCAAAACGUGACAAAUUAAAUGAAAAACACGAUUCAGUAAAAGGAACUAUGAAACAAUUGGGUGUUACCUUAAAUGAACUCACUCAAUCUCUUGAGAUGCGCAAAAAGUACUACAAAUCAACCGAAUCUCAUUUUAUCCAUUUCGUAAAACAUUGCUUCGAAAGAAUUUUGGGAAUCAGACAAUUCACUGGAACCAUAGAAAUAGACAUGGAACAUAAAAAGCUGGAGUUGAUUGUCAUGCCUCAACAUGGCUCCCAAGGUUUAACUACAACCUCGAAUUUAUCCGGAGGAGAACGGUCUUUUUCUACUGUGGCGUUUUUGUAUUCUUUGUGGCAAUGUAUGGAUUUUCCUUUUUAUAUUUUGGAUGAGUUUGACGUUUAUAUGGACAAAUUAAAUCGUUCUAAAGUUAUUGAGAUUUUGUUGGAACAUGCAAACUCAAAGCCCGAAUUGCAAUUUGUCUUUUUGACGCCUCAAGAUGUUUCGUUCAUUACCCAAAAUGUCACAUUAUUGAGGCUUGAAGAUCCUGAAAGGUUCAAUGUUUAAUUUAGUUAUUAAUUGUUUAAAUCCAAGUUAAUUAUUUCUUAUUUUGUCUUCAUUAUAACUUGGAUUCAAGUUACUUAUUUUUUUAUAACAAUAUAUUCAUUUAAUAGUUUAUUAUCUAAAAUUGAAUACAAAUUUGUUUAAAACAGUAUUAUUAUCAAAUUAAUUAAUGUAAAAUUAUUGAUUUAAAUUUCAGGAAAGGCACUUCCAAUCAUAUUUUUGCCUCUAUAUUUGUAAGUAUACGUUCGAAUAAUAAAUCUAUUUCCGUUCAUUUUUAAGGGACAAAUUUUAUCCGCUCUUAAAAUAAAGCAAGUAGAGUACAAGGCAAUUUCCAAUUCCGGACUGGUGCCUAUAAACAUGGAACCAACUGGUUUGUCAAUGUCGUGAAAGGUAAAGUGGUACUUCAAGAUGGCUCCUUUCUAAAAAAAUAAUUGGGUAUCAAAAAAAAAAAUACAUAUUAUAACAAUUUACUUCUCCUAAAUCAAUUUUCUUCAAAUAUCCCAAAUAAUUAGCCCUUUUUGCCUGUUCUUCCUCUUUAAAGUAGAUCCAAUUGUGUAAACCAGACACUUGGCUGUUUUUAAUUUCUGCAACAAAUACGUGCUCGAAUCCACUUGAACCAAUUCUGCCUUGUCCUCGGGAGUACAUGUUGAACCAAAUUAAACGUAACAAGUCCCUGAAUUCUUUAGGGUCUUUGCCUAUUUUGCCUUUUUGCACCAAAAAACUCCUGGCAAAUUGCAUUACAGGGGUAGCUAAAAUUGUAUCGAGUAAAUUGUUUUCUUCGAUUCUUUCUUGGCCGGUGUAAACUUCGUUUUGACUCGCUUCUAAAAAGUAAUUGUUGUGAAGCAAGACUAGUUUUUCUAUUGACGGUAUGUUGUAGGCUUCUUUUUUGAUUUCUAGCAAUC